AUGCUAAAACUAAACCAGGACAAAACAGAAUUUAUAGUUUUUACUCCGAAACAACAACUCAAGGAGUCUCCAUAUUACCAUCUGAACUUUAGUGACACCAUCGUGAGAGAGGCGACCAGUGUAAAGAGCCUCGGGGUGUGGUUUGAUAAGUCUCUUAGCAUGCAAAUGCAAAUUUCCUCGGUGUCUCGUGCAUGCUAUUACCAGCUUAGGAACAUUGGGAGAAUACGUCCAUUGAUUACAGAGGAUGCCUGCAAGACCCUGGUCUGUUCUCUUGUGACAUCUAGGCUCGACUAUGCCAACGCUCUCCUCUAUGGCAUAAAUACAACCGAAAUAGCCAAAUUACAAAGAAUACAGAACACAGCAGCACGCAUUAUUACUCGUUCCAGGAAGAGGGAGCACAUUACUCCGAUCCUUGUUUCCCUUCAUUGGCUUCCAAUUGACAAACGCAUCUAG